AAACGAUCGUGCAACGCCUGGCAGUGUUUGUGAGAGUAGAAUACCGACUUGCCGGAUUUUCACUGUAUUUCUUCGCAAAAAUACACAUCGGCUGGAUCGAGGGUAAAUUGCAAAAUAGACCGGUCUCGUGACAGCCCCAUAAAUGUUGCUUCAAGGAUCGCGUUGUGGUAGUCGUUUCUUGUGGCACAAAGUAAAGUUUAAUUCUUUAAAUUGUCCUUCAAAGAAUGGCAAAAAGCUAACAGAGGCUCUUGCAAGAACAGCAGCUACAUUCUCCUCGACUCAUGAUUACGUCAUCUGUGGAGCUGGCUCGGCAGGCUGUGUGCUAACCAACCGCCUUACAGCAGACCCAAAUAACGAUGUUCUACUUCUAGAGGCAGGACCAAGGGACUGGACAUGGAAGAUACAUAUGCCAGCGGCAUUGGUUUAUAAUCUUUGUGAUGAUAAAUAUAAUUGGUAUUAUCAUACCGUGCCACAGAAGCACAUGGACAAUAGAGUAAUGUACUGCCCCAGGGGGAGGGUAUGGGGUGGCUCAUCAUCACUUAAUGCUAUGGUGUAUAUCAGAGGACAUGCUUUAGAUUAUGAUCGCUGGGAGAGUGAAGGAGCUAAAGGCUGGUCUUAUGCAGAUUGUUUGCCUUACUUCAAGAAAGCACAGACUCAUGAAUUAGGUAAGGAUGCCCAGACAGAUGAAGAAAUUGAUGCUUUCAUCCGUCAAUACGCAGACACAGCAUACCACCCAUCAUGCACUUGCAAGAUGGGAGACUCUGAUGACAACAUGGCUGUAGUCGACAACCAAGGCCGCGUAUUUGGUGUUGAAAAUCUACGUGUUAUUGACUCAUCUAUAAUGCCUAGUAUUGUCAGCGGUAAUCUCAAUGCGCCCACGAUAAUGAUAGCAGAAAAGAUGGCCGACUGUAUCCUAGGCAACCAACCGUUGCCAAGGUCAAAUGCACCUGUGUAUCAAACACCUGAAAAGGGACAGAGAUGAUGAAAGAAUUUGAACAUUAAAAGAGAGCUAAAGACAAUGAAAAUUAUAGGAAAGAAAGACAACUGGAAGAUGAUUUAACCUCCUUUUAAGGGGAAAAAAGAUCUUAUGUGAAUUUUGGUUUGUCUCAACUGUGAACUUGCAAGAGUUAUCCUCAACCCCUCCCUCAUGUCAGGGGUUCUAUGAGUUGUACUUCAUGGCAUUAAAGUUUGAUUUCUUCAUAACA